CGCGCUCCGGAGGCUGCAGGCGCCAUGGGCAGAGUGAGGAACCGCGCCACUGCUCAGCGGCGGAGGCGAAAGCGGCCCGGGGAUCCUCCCGCCGCCUGCGCGGCCAUCGCGGUCACGGGCGCCAGCCGCGCGCAGUACCCCCGGGUCCAAGUCGGGGUCGGGAGCCACGCGGCGGCCAAGAGGUGGCUGGGUAGGUGGCGACGGAAGCGCCGCUGGCGGCGGGUCCGGAAGGCGGGCCCCAGAGACCUGCUGCCCUCCGCGCCACCCCCGGACCCGCCGGGGCCCGCCCCGUCCCCCAAGGACCUGGACCUGGGCGCACAGCGGGAGCGCUGGGAGACGUUCAGGAAGCUGCGGGGCCUCAGCUGCGAGGGCGCCGCCAAGGUCCUGCUGGACACCUUCGAGUACCCGGGCCUCGUGCAUCACACCGGGGGCUGCCACUGCGGCGCGGUCCGCUUUGCGGUCUGGGCCCCUGCAGACCUGCGCGUCGUGGAUUGCAGCUGCAGGCUGUGCAGGAAGAAGCAGCACCGCCACUUCCUCGUCCCGGCCUCGCGCUUCACGCUGCUCCAGGGCGCGGACAGCAUCGUCACCUAUCGGUCCAACACGCACCCGGCGCUGCACAGCUUCUGCAGCAGGUGCGGGGUGCAGAGUUUCCACGCAGCUGUCUCUGGCCCCCGCGUGUACGGCGUCGCCCCGCACUGCCUGGACGAGGGCACCGUGCGCAGCGUGGUCAUCGAGGAGGUCGGCGGUGGCGACCCGGGGGAGGAGGCCGCCGAGGAGCACAAGGCCAUCCACAAGACGUCCUCCCAGUCAGCCCCUGCCUGUCCCCGCGAACAGCAGCAGUGAUUGGGGCCGCAAGCCCGCCUGAAACCGGCCCGGGCGGCCCUGCGGGGAGCGUCCGAGUACCUGCACACAUCCCAUGCUGUGAAAGAGGUGUUUCUGGCCUGGUCAAACCGUGGAUUCCCUUCCAGUAUUUGCCCUUCCCCUCCGCUAGUUUUCAGUGACCUCGCUUACGAUCCAAAUCUUGAACACACCUUUGUCUGUGUAGUGCAACGUUAAUCUUGCAAUUCGAUAAGGAAGAAGAGUGUCUC